CACCGACACAUUCGGCCCCAGGAUAUGUGGCCAAUUCGCAAGAAUUAGCCGACAAAGAACACACGAACAAUUCCGGUUCGGUUUGCCCGUGUUUUUACGCGCCUAAAUUUUACUUCAAUACGCAUACAAAUUUUUUCCUCCCAAACUUUCCUUUCACACUUCAAUUCACUUUAAUUCAAUGCCAAUCGCCCACUUUCAAAUUCGCAGAUCCAUUUGAAAUCCCUUCCUUCAAGUUCCACCAUCCGGUUCUCGCAAUUGUUCGCUGCCUCCAUAUCCUACAGGAACAAUCGGGUCGGCGCUUUCUUCCCUUUGGCUUUGGUUCACAUCAAGAUGGAGAUUUCGGAAGUGAAGAAUGCAGAUUCUUCGCAAUGCAUGCGAGUCGCAGUUAACAUUCGGCCUUUGAUUACGUCCGAGCUCCUACUCGGCUGUACGGAUUGCAUUUCCGUCGUUCCCAGCGAACCUCGGGUGCAAAUCGGGUCCCAUUCAUUCACCUAUGAUUAUGUUUAUGGCGGCAUGGGCUUGCCUUGUUCUGCUCUCUAUGAUGAUUGUGUUGCUCCUCUUGUUGAUGCGCUAUUCCAUGGAUACAAUGCCACAGUUCUUGCAUAUGGCCAGACGGGGUCUGGGAAAACAUACACGAUGGGGACUAACUAUACAGGGGAAGAAAGUAAUGGUGGAAUUAUACCUAAAGCAAUGGAAAGUAUAUUCCGAAGGGUUGAGGCGAUGAAAGAUUCCACAAAAUUUUUUAUCAAAGUAUCAUUCAUUGAGAUAUUCGAGGACAAAGUGUUUGAUUUGCUUGACCCAAAUUCAUCGGUCUUCUCUAAAGCUGAAGGGGCAUCUUUUGCAAAGCCCACAAUGCACGCAAGAGUUCCCAUACGAAUAAGAGAAACGAUGAAUGAAGGAAUAACACUUGUUAGUGUGACUGAGGUAGAAGUUAUGACAAAAGAAGAGAUGGCGACACAGCUAUCUCGAGGUUCUCAUUCUCGUGCCACUAAUCUUACAAAUAUGAAUAGUCAGUCAAGUCAGUCACAUGCUAUCUUUACAAUUACAAUGGAACAAAACAAAAUUUCUCACUGCCUGGCUGGAGCAAUAAAUGAUGACCUUGGUGAUGAUAUCUUACGUGCAAAACUACAUUUAGUCGAUCUUGCUGGUUUUGUACGUGCAAAAAGAACAGGUGCAGAUGGAAGGCGUUUCAAGGAAGGCAUACAUAUCAAUAAGGAUCUACAAGCUCUUGGCAAUGUGAUAAGUGCUUUGGGAGAUAAGAAAAAGAGGAAAGAAGGAGGCCAUGUUCCAUAUCGUGAUAGCAAGUUAACGCACUUGUUACAGGAUUCUCUUGGAAGGAGCAGCAAAACAGUCAUGAUUGCUUGUGUCAGUCCUGCUGAUAUAAAUGUUGAGGAAACAAUAAACACUCUGAAGUAUGCAGAUCGUGCUCAUAACAGUCAGAACAAGGCAGUUAUCAACCGUGAACCAAUGGCAGCUCAGGAGCAGAGAAUGAGGAGCUCAAAUAUUUCAUCGACUUCUGAUGAUGGUGCUCAAAAGUUGAAUAUCCUGGAGGCACAGGUUGCUCAACUUUUGAAACAAAUACAUAGAACCGACAAGGCAGCGAAACGAUUUCUAGAAUCUCGAAAGGCUUCCUCCUCAUGCGAAACUUCCAGUGCUGAAAAUGGAAAUGGUCCUGGAAUUCAGACACUGAUGCAGGCAAUUGAACAUUGGCUUGAAGUCACCGUGCGGGUAUAUAAAGUAUGUGCUGAGUAUGAGCGUCAAUUGGAAGAAGAGAAGGAUUCAGAUAUAAGAGACUUGAAGGAAAAGACAGUAAAGCUCAGUAGCUAUGGCAGGCAGUUGGAGAUGCAAAAACCAAACCCUCAACAACUGGUGAAGUCGUAGGAUCACAGGAGCUCCAUUUUCUUAUUGGAGGACAUGGAUACGUCUGAGUCUGCUGUUCUUGCUCCACCAAGUCCUCAUAAAAGAACAUCGGAAGAGAAAGAGAAUAAUGACCUUUGAAGUGGAUCGUUGAUAUGGAGUCCUGAUUGUUGAUAUUUGUACCAACAUUGUGAACUUUUUUCUUUUAAAUCAUUAGAUGUAUGAAACUGCCUUAAAUCCAUGGACUAAGUUUUUAGCUGAUUCGUUGAGGAAAGGAUUUUGGUAUCAAACAAUCCACAAAUAUUGUGGCUAGUCAGCUUUAAUUUGAUCACUUCGAGCCACCUUUUAUGGCGUAUGAUUAUGAAA